GAUGCAUCUAAAUAGAAAGUCUUUAAUCAAUGACGCGCUAAGAUCACAUGACCAACUAAAGCCUUACUGAGCCGCGCCGAGCUUUCAGGACUUGUGUAUCUGAAUCGCUUGCAUUCAGCUUAUCGAAGUUGCUUCGGCUCCAACAAGUUGUGUGUUUGCGUAAUGGAGAAGUUUUCAAUAUGGCGCGAUAAAGGGACUGGAAUAGCUCCAUUCCUACCUCAUCCUUCUUCAACUUUCCGCAGUGAUGGCGAUACUAGCGCACAAGCUAUCUGCUUGCGCGCCGGUAAUAUACUUCUUGCGAUAGUCUCGGUCGCGAUCAAAUUACCAUUGUGCCUAAUCUACUGUAUUUUGCAUUCAGUGAUAGUCUUGCUUCCUCUGCCUCCGGCAGUAAAAAGUUUAUCCACAAAAGUCUUGCUUCGCAUUAUCGGCCUGUUCUACUGGAGAGUAUCCUAUGCCAGUGGAAGAUCUGGUGUCAGAUCACGUCGUGCCUCUUCGUCUAAGAAGACACCGAACGCAGGCGAUGUUGUGGUUUCCAACUUCGUGUCUCCUUUGGAUGCCAUGGUAUAUUCUACUGAGUUCGAUUGCUGCUUCGUGAUUCCAACUCCAACCGGUGCUUAUCAGACCUACAACACUCUGCAGGCAUUUAUCGCUGCGACGAGGCUACCUAAUAUUACCAAGCUUAGUGGAUCAUCGUCGGUAUUGUCGGAUAUCGUGUCCAAAGCCAAAUCGAAAGAUAAAGUCGUCGUUCUCUUCGCUGAAGGCACCACAACUAACGGCAGAGGCUUCCUCUACUCUUCUGCCAUGAAAAUCAAGCUGGAUUCGACGUCUACCGAAAAUACAUUGAUCCCUUCCCAUAUCAAGUACACGCCGCCGGACGUCUCUACACCAGUACCUGUCUCGUCUGUUUUCAUAUACUUAUUGAAGUUGAUGUGCAAUUGGAAGGGCUGGAGUGUGAGAGUUCAGUUUGGCACACCUGUCCCACAAACCGCAGAAGGAAGUAUCGCUCAGUGCAUUGAUUCUAUCUGCACAUUGGGCCGGAUCAAAAAGCUCGGAGAUGAGCUCAAUGCCGAGUCAAAGGCUGAAUUUGUGAAGGCCUGGACAAAGAGCAGAUGCUAAGCUCAGCUGUCAUCACUUGGCUUGUCUUCAUAGACACAGUAGUAUGAUGUGUGAUCAGCUGUGACUAUCUAUUUCUUGCAGCUUUUUGGAAUUUGUAUUAUACAUCGGUUUGGUUUAUAUUGAGAAAGAAUGGAUCUGCUGUAUAUAAAAGGUUAUCAUUUUAUGAUCUAUCAUUUAACAUCACA